UCAUCUCCUUUUUUUGCGGCUAGCAUCACACUGGUAACUAGCUAGCUAAAUAUUGAUUCAAACUCGUCUGUUUGGGGCUGCUUUCACAUCAGCAAACUACUCCACUCUUUAUAUAUAAAUACAUUCACCGUUUUGUCAUUGAUGAAGUUAAACUACAGUCUUGACUUACCUGGAGUGGAAGGCCACGAAACUGGAGGUAUGAUUGACGGAUUCGGGACCCAGGAAGUUCGGUCCAGUGGAGAGCUAUGGUCUGAGAUCUGUUCAGGGAUGCCAGAGCAUACGACCGAGAAUCAAGAGCCAUCUGAGUUUAGGGAUUCUUUCCAACCUCAAUUGCAAGAAGGCACGCAGGAGAACACUGUAAAUGGCAUCCCGUGGAAACCCAUGGAUGACUCCGAAGUGUACAUCGCCAGUCUAGAAAACCGGCUAAGAAGACUCAAGGGCCAGUCCCAGGAAGUGACUUCAAGGGAGAUGCUUCGCACACUGUCUCAGGCUAAAAAGGAAUGCUGGGAUAGAUUCCUUUAUGGAGCACAGGGAUCUGAUCUUUUUCAAGAGGGUGGUGAAAUUGAUGAGAGUGCUCUGGAGCAGCUGAAGAGGUGGCUGCAGCCCGAGAAAGUGGCAAUAAGUGCAGAGGAGCUGGAGCACCUCCUCCUUCCUGAGCAGAGCAGGGAGCACCUAGCUGAUGGAGGCACAGACAGGGUUCCAACCGAAGCAAAGGAGGAGGAUCCAGAAGCAGAGGAGAGCCAGGCUCCAGAAAAGUAGGCCCACCAUGGAACCAGUGUGUAAGCAUCUAGUUUUAGAGUGCUACUCACCCCAUUUGUUACUUGCUAUAUGAAGUGAAUACCAUUCCAGUACCGUUUCUGUCCAGUCGCCAUAACUUGUAUGUGAUAUGAUGACCAUGAUAUUGGAUUAACAAUUAUUUUCUCCUGUAAACUGGGACAUGCUGUUCAUAUUUUUGUCAAGGUUUGCAGACUAAAUAAGCAUUAAGUUACCAUAUUGGCCAUGGGGUACCAUUGAUUCGGUAGAUAAUGUUUUGUGCUCCAGGACAUAUUCAAAUAUAUCUUGUUAUCUUUGUAAAAGGCCCCUAGUUAGAUAACCCUACUGUUGACCACAAGAGAAACAAGGAUAUCUUACAGGAAAUGUAAUCAGUUCCAGCUGGGUUAAGAUGGACUAAUAGUGUGCUGGAGAAGAGAGGUGCCUGUAUAAAAUAUAAACAGUAAUGUCCGGGUGACACUAGGAGGUGCCCCAAAGUACUGUGUAAUUGAACAAUGGAACAUGUCCAAGAUUCUGGAAUACAGCUUUCCAACCUUGUGCAGAUUUACAGUGUGUUAGUCUGCUAUGACCGGCUCAUAGUUUUGUGCUACAAUGAAAUAUAUACACUAAGAGAGUAGAAUCUGUUAACUUGCAUUGAAAAAGCAAUCUUACAUGUUUUCUUUUUUUAUAUCAAUUUUCAGAUUGAAACUUUCAUUUUAGUAAUUUUUUUUAGUAAUGUUUUCAUGUAAUGCUUCAAAUAUUCUGUAACUAUAAAAUCAUUUCCAGAUUUAUUAGGCAGAAGGCGCUCAUUAUGUAAACAAAUAUUAAAUGUGAUGGAAUAACCAUUAGCUUUUAAAGAUGUUUCCAUAACAUUUGGAAGAAGGCCUUGCAGAAAUAAAAUGAAUUAUGAUGAACAUGUGCAAUGUCCACAUCUUGAUUGGUCAUGGUUGUUAAAUCUGUAUGUGAAAUGGAUAUUAUGUAUGGCAUUCAUAAUGGCCAUGUGCUAUACUAGGACUUGGGACUAUAGUUGAGAUACAUUUUUAAGGAAGUUACGCUACUUGUUUAUAAUGUGUUGUUACUAUGCAGUAAUGCGUUAUGAGUGUUGAUUUACUACAUUAUGAGUCAUUAUGCAUGUUUAUAACUGAUUAUACUGCAUUAUAUAUUGGCUAAAUAGAAAGUACCACUAGAAUAUCCCAAAUAUGUUUGAGUGUUUCAGUUUAUACAUGGGAAUUUUGGAUCAAGGUAUAAAUUUAAUUUAAAUGGAUGCAUGUCCUCACUGGGGAAACAUACAUUCGUUUUUGUGCAAUGCUGUGUGUCAGAUCCCAUUUUGUUUUGUCACCCUAGAAGUGUCAUUUGUUUCCAGCUCAUUUUCAGUAUUUUUUUUACUGAGCACUUCUAGAAAUCUACAGCAGAAAAGUAUAUGCAACCAUGUGUGCUAUUUCCAUGUACCUUUCAAUGAAGGCUGUAUACUUUCCAAUAAUGUAUUUGAGUACAAACAUGCUGUUAAAAAUAUCAUACGUUAAAGUGGUGUUUAUUCAGUUAAGCCGCUACCAGAUGGAAGUGGAGAUCACUUUGCCGCCUGGGUUGACAUGCUUUCUGGCUUCCUUUAUCAGAAUUGGAUUUGCCCGCCUUGAUCUGAUUCAGUCUCUAUAUGAAAGAGUAUUGAGUCAUUAAAACCUCAGUCUGAUGAGCAGUGUGGUUUGGCUCAUAUAAAGGCACACGCUAAUCCUUAUUAGCACUCAUCUGUGCCUGAGCCAGUGCCCCAAGUGAAUAACAGGUGAUCAAACUAAAAACCAUUUCUACUGGAUUAACUACUGUAAUUGAAAUAUCUGUUGUAUAGUUGAAAUGUGUGGCUGUGUUUGUAUCCAAUAUCUGUGUGUGCAUACAGUAUGCAAGCAAUAAGAAAAAUAGCAAAUGUAGUAUAGUUUUUAGGCAAUCAGGCUUGCAACUCAAUGGUUGUAGGCUUGAUUUCCAGGUAGGGCACUAUCAUUGUACCCUUGAGUAAAGUACUUAACCUUAAUAUCCAGUUGUAUGAAUGGAUUGUAUGUAAAAAAUAAUGAACAAUGUAAGCUGUGUAAGUUCUGGAUAGGAGUAUCUUCUAAAUACUUAAAAUGUAAAAAGAAAAUGCCCACCACUUUCUUUGUGAUGAUUGGAGUAGUGGCUGGGAUGAGUCUUGAAUUCUCUGAUGAUGUUAGUACUGCAAUGUGUAUGCGUCCCAUUAAAUGCGCCUUGAUGUGAAAAAGA